AGUUGGAAAAAAAAAAAAAAGAAAACAGGACAGGAACCUGAUCAGACCAAUUCAAUAUCCCUCAUACUCAACUUGUCACGAUGCCACUAAGACGGUUUAUGACUACAUUUAUUUACUUUAAUUUUACAGCCUUUCGACAGAUUUUACACAGGUUUGUUUAUGCAGGCGUGAAAGGCUGUUAAUACACUAAUAAGGCUGCACUAACAUGGUUCUGGGUCUACCUGCUGCUGUAAACAGGACCAAAACUUUUCAAGUGAGUAUCUUUCAAAUGUGUGAGGAUUAUAGGAGUUUUAAAAAAUGUACCUCGCUGACCUUUUAUGAGUAUUAGAGGACGAGGUUGCUGUGUACCGUCCCUAUUGUCUCUAUUGUUUCUAUUUGUUUUCAGGGAGCCGUGUGUGUCCUGAACAGCCUGCAGUAUAAAUCCUCAGCGUCUGAGCGUCUACAUGUGCGUCAGGAGAAUCCGGGUCUGCAGCUGCAGAACAUGCAUGGGUUUCUACAACGCACUGGCAUAACAGUAUGUACACAGACAUAUGUGGGACUUCCACUUUCUUUCCUGCUCCUAACUGAGCAGCAUUAAAACGCUGCGUGUAUGUUUAAAGUCAUUAAGGUUACUAAAAGAGGAAUAUAAGAUUAACCCUCGGUGCUGAGCCAGAAACUGAUCCAAACCCUCAAAAUAAGAUGGAGGAAAAGUAAACUUAAUUUAUCUGCACCAUCCAAGAAAUGCAGCUGAAGUGUUUGACUGUAAGGUUAACGGAAUAGGAAUUAAGUUUUGCAAGAGGACGGAAAGUAAAAUCCAGUUAAAAGAAAUAAAGAAAUGAAAGUUUAAAAAGCCUGUGUUUUUUAAGCCAUAGUUUGUCAAAAACACAACUAAAAAGAUGUUUUUAAGUGACUUAUCUUAAAAAAUAUAACUCAAAGCAGUCUCUAAAUUCUUGACUCUUGUCUUGGGAAAAUUGUGUCUCCUUUUUUCUGCUGUUUCUGGAAAAUAAAUGAGGAAACUAUAGCAUGGAGUCAGUCACUGUGAAGUUGUAUGAGCUUUGUUUAACAAGUGUUCAUAUCCUCUCCAUAAAAGUAACAUCUGAAUACCACAGUAGAUAAUCUUGCAAUCAGAGAAGUCCAGUUAUUGAGUUAUAGAUAAGGUGGUAGAGUGAGGGCUGGUAUAGACUCUAUAGCAGGCUUUUUGGUGCCUGAACUCCACAGGAGAGCAAGGGUUAUUGAAAGGUGAGGGUCAGCAAAGUCAAUCCCCCUGUGAAGUCCAGACACUGGUGACCGAUGAUGUUGAGACUGGAUUUAGGUGGAUCACUAUCAGCCUUAGUUAGAGCUAGAAUGAAAAGAGUGUGAUAUCAUUGAUUGAUUGGUUUACAUUUACACUACUCAUGACUUUUUUCUUCAGGUGAAUGAACUGGACAAACUCAAUGUAAUCCAUGUGACAGGAACUAAAGGAAAGGUAUGAAACAGAACGUACUCAUCUGAUCUUGACUUUGAAACAUCACAAAAACUGUUGAGAUAGUGCUCUCUUCUUUUAGGGAUCAACGUGUGCUUUUACCGAAAGGGUUCUCAGGGGUUAUGGCUUUAAGACAGGAUUUUACAGGUAAAUUAUGAAAGAUGAAGAAUUAUUUUUCUAUUUUCUUUCACACAUGAUCUAAGAAUGGAGUACAGCGACCUUUUUUAAACACAACAUCACUGUGUUAGACAUAAUGAAAUGCAAAAUGACUAUAAUCUUAAUCUUAUAUUUUAAUUAAUUUAUUUUUUUGAUCACAUAUCAGAUCCAAAAGUGCUUAAAAAAGGCUUUUAUACAGUGUUGAAAUGGUGGUUUACUCAUAGAUGCAGAUAUGCCUGUCAUUAUCUACACAAUUUCAUGUCGUGCAGAUGUUCGCAUUAAAUUAUCCCAACAAACUUCCAUGAUCUCUUUCAACAGCGUGUGAACAAGUAAGACAUUUAAAAAAAAACACAGGCAACAAAACUAAACAGUUUUUAUCUCAUUCAUCGGUCUGUUGUCUGAACUUUACUCCCUAUUAAUUAUUAUUUAAACUUCACUGCAUUUAUGACCAGGCCUCUCCUAUAGAGAUAGUAAAGGGUUAUCUCAGGUGUGUUUGGGGUUAGAAGGGUCAAACAUGAAGUCUUUUAACUCCCUCCCUCAGAGGUGCCAAACAUCUUUUUAAGAAAACCUGCACUUUUGAUAUUUCAAAUAUGAAUAAAAAUCAAUAAAGCCAAUCAGCAUGGGUAUGCUAAUGAGUAAUGGAGACAUUAGUUGUGAUGAUAGAGGUACUAGAUGGCCUUGGGGAAAAAGUUGUUCAUGAGUUUGUUAGCUCUUGUUUUAAUUGAUCUGUACUGCCUGUCUGGGGGCAGGAGUUGGAAUAGAUGUAUCCAUGUGGGAGAAGAGUCUAUAGGGGCAGCAGUAGCUCAGGAGGUAGAGCGGUCGUCCAAUAACUGGAAGGUUGGCGGUUCAAUUCCCCCCCUAUCCCUAGUCUGUUCAUUGUGUCCCAUCUCUGUAACCCACCUUGCUCCCAGUGUGUGUCCUCCACUAGUGUAUGAUUGUGAUUGUUGUGUGGUUGGGGUCAGAGAAGCAAUAGGUGCAAAUUGACAGCCACAUUUCUUUCACCAAGGUGUGACUAUGUGAGUAAAUGAAUGAUGUUUCCAAUGUAAAGCGCUUUGAGGGUCUCUGAUAAAGACAGUAUGACAGUAUGUCUACUGCUCUAGUAAGUGUGAUAGAGGGUGUUUGCAAUGACCUGAAGUGAGUGUAGUGGGCAGCCACUGAUUUUCUGCGCCUUGUUGAUGACCCUCUGUAAAGCUUUCUUGUCUGCUGCCGUUAACGAUAAGAACCAAGUGGUCAGGGACGGGUACAACCCCAGACCAGACAAACUCCUAAUCGUUAUCAUAUCUAGGUUGUCAAACUGAAAUGGAAAGUCUUCUUCCACAAAUAAGCCAUUUUUGGACAUUACGAGGUGGAAUUGUUGUUCUGAUCACUAGAAAGCUUGAGCUUGACAUCACUUCAAAAAUUGCCGUUCAACUUUAAGCAUAUGGUAAAAAUUUGACUCUAAUUAUUUUUGCAGUGAGGUUUUAUUUGCAUGGAAAGUUCCAGUUAAUUAGCAGGUUUGGUUCUGAUAUAUUUAACCAUUUGUGCAUACUGUGUAAACAGAACUAUGUCUUUUUCUCAAAUUUUCUCAGCACUCCAAAAACUGCAUAAUCCUUUUAUGGUUUGGGUUGUGUAUUUUUUUUCUUUUUAGUUUUCUAAUGCAUGUUGAACUGUAUAUUUUUCAUGUUCAUGGUAUACAGUAUAUAAGUAUAGUCCAUUUUUGAAUGAAUUGAAUAUUCAAGCAGAGUAACUGUGCACUGGGGAAUGGUUACUGUAACAGGAACAUUUCAUUAUCAGUUAAAACAACCUCAGUCUGUCUUUCUGCAUUCAGCUCUCCACACCUGGUUCAUGUCAGAGAGCGAAUCCGGCUCAAUGGUCGGCCAAUCAGUGAGCAGCUUUUCUGCAAGUAUUUCUGGGAGACUUAUGAGCAGUUAGAGGACACAAAGGUGAGCUCUGUUCUGCACGUGUACAAGUGAGGGUUUGAAACUGAUCUUUGAAAUCUCUGAAGUAUACUCACAAAAUAAAAUGACUUGUAUGUAUCUUUAGGACAACCGUGGCGGCUCUAUGCCCUUCUACUUCCAGCUCCUCACCCUGAUGGCCUUCCAUGUCUUCCUGCAGGAGCGGGUGAGCUGUAAACACACACUGACACACACAUACACACAAACACAAAUAUAUUUAACUGUGUCUUUCAUGCUUUUGUUAUAAAUCGCAUUACUUUUGAGGCAGGUGGAUGUAGCUGUGAUUGAAGUCGGCAUUGGGGGGCAGUAUGACUGCACAAACAUCAUCAGGUAAUGUUUCAUGUUCAAUUAAUUGUGUUUUAAAAAGUGAUUCAUUUUCUUGUUUUGAAAGACAAUAUAAAACGGUUUUUGCUAUGUGUGGUCAUCAGGAAGCCGUGGGUGUGUGGGAUCACAUCCCUUGAGCUCGAUCACUGCAGUCUGCUUGGGGACACUCUAGAGAAGAUCGCAUGGCAGAAAGCUGGGAUAUUCAAGGUUUAACAGAGCAAAUUUUAAUGUAAUCAGGUUAUCUUAUUACAGUGAACAUCUGUUUGCUAGAAUGUAGUACAACAGGAAGAAAGGGGAUCAUUGUCGUAAACUAGCAAAAUAAAAAUUUACGGGGGUCGAUGGGUCAAUGUGGCUGUAAGGAAAUAUAUUAAAUCGCAGGAACUGUGAACAUGAAUUGUAUACUUGUUUUUUUCUGUUCUGCAUCAUGAUCUCUGUCACUGUCCUCAGCCAGGUGUUCCAGCCUUCACUGUCAGACAGAAAGCCGGCCCUCUGAGAGUCCUGCUGCACAGAGCUGAAGACAUCAGGGUGAGGAAACUGAAGCCUCUUCAGCACAGUGUUUACAAUAUGCUGGAAAGCCACAUCUAUGAGGGCUUAAAAGUUCAUUUCAAGUAUACAAGAGGAAAAAAAAGAUAAAAAUCGUAAAAAUCCUGAAUUGCAUGACUGGGUCAGAUCAAUUAAACCAUCAUGAUCUUCAGAUUUGGAAAAAAAAAACAGCUGGAGGCUGAUUGAAUAACUGGUUCUUUGUGUGAUUAUUACAGCGAAAAAUAAUUAAAUCCUGACUGCGAUGAGUAGUUUUGGUUUCAGAAUAACACUAAACAAAAACCAUUCCUAUUAUUUUUCCAUUGCGUGGUCUUUAAUUUGGUACGAAUAUGUUUUGUGAAACCCAACUAUUAACCAUACAAUGACUCUUAUGCCUCAUUACUUUGUUGUGGUUUGGCUCAACAUCUUGUUUUAAGAAACUUAGCAUCUUUGCUUACCACACUACCCCCGAUUUUAAGUCAUUACAAUAACUUAAGUUCUUAUUUUACCCCGUAAUAGCAAUCCUUUCAGCACAGCUAGACACGACUAGAGGGCCUGAGUAUUCAUACUAAUAAAAAUGUGCUGCAAACGUUUAUUCAGUUACUUGGACAGGUGCACAGUCAAAUUCCCUUCACACAAACUGGUAGCUUACUUCUACUCAAGUAUAAUUUCAUCAAAGUAACUUUACUUCAAUACUAUAUUUAAGUAGUCUUUCUACCCCUGGUUCAUACUUCAUUUGUCCUCUACAGUGUCCUCUGUGGGUCUGUCCUGAGCUGGAUCAGUAUGAAACUCUGGUCGGCCCCGUGCAUCUUGGACUAACAGGAGAACAUCAGCGCUCAAAUGCCUCUCUUGCCCUGCAGCUCAGCAACAGCUGGCUGCAACGCCACAGGGCCAGGGAGACAGGAGGUGAAAGUUACUAUUGAAUAAUAAUAAUAAUAAUAAUAACAUCUUUUUGUCAUUUUCAGACUUGUCUUUUUGUUCCUACAGUUUAUUCUCUUCUUGCAGAUGACCUUAGUUUAGCCCUGCCCUCCUGCAGACCAGGAUCACAAGCGGCAAUUUUCCAGCCAAGCUCAGCCAUGCUGGAAGGCAAGUUGUAAAAGAAAAAUGAUCAUCUUAACUGGGUAAAAAAAAAACAGACCUUACUGUUUUCUUAUUUGGGAAAAUCAAGAAUGAAAGAUGCCCCCAAAUAAUUUUAUAAAACUAGGAUUAAGGUGAUAUUAAAUGUGAUUAUUUCACAUUUUUACCUUUCAUAGAAUCCAAAGUCUGAGCAAAGAUUUCCUAGACGAUUGGGUGACUUGUCUUCUCCUGUCCUGUCUUUUGUUUCCCUACAGGUCUGCAGGAGACAGACUGGUUGGGACGGAACCAGAAGUUGAGUUGCGGUUCUGUCACCUACUACCUGGAUGGAGCUCACACCACAGACAGCAUGCAGGCCUGUGUCAGCUGGUUCAGACAGGAAACGAUGCACAGAGAUAAGACUCAGUAUGUCACAUGACAACAAUAUCACCAAUAAUGGAUGUUGUUGUUUUGUACUUGAAAUUAGCUCAUGUAUGAUUGUCAGAUUUUAAGAAAAGUCUUUAAAAUCAGCAGAUCAGUCUUUGAACCUGAGAAGUUCUUACCAAAUAACCUUUUUUGUUUUCAUUUUUCAUAACUUUGGUAACUCUGAAAUCAUCACUGAGAUUUCUCUGUCUUGCAGAGGUCCUGGUGUCAGGAUCCUACUUUUCAACACAACAGGGGAGAGAGACUCUGCUGCUUUACUCAGACUCCUGCUGGUGAGUGACGGACAAACUGUAGUAUUUCAUGUUAUGCAAAUUUGUGUAAGCCUUGUGUGAAACUCUGCUUUUGUUUGACUUUCAGCCCUGUCAGUUUGACUACGCACUGUUCUGCCCAAACAACACUGACUCACCUGCAAACAGCUCAGGUAACAGAAAAACAAAGUGAUUGAAUUACAUUAUAGAUUUGUACUCAUCCCAACUGACGUUUCUGGUAUCAUCACUGAAAUCAAGCUGUACAACAGGAUUUAGUCUUUCUUAUCAGAUUGGUCAUUUUGAUACAGGAUUGUUUUAAAGAUCUUGUUUCAUUUUUUAGCUCUUAUGUUCUAUUUGUUGUUCUCAUUUGGUGUUCUUCUAUUAUUCUUCUCUUUGAGCUACUCACAACUUAUUUACCUUGUAGUGGAGUUAAAAAAGUAUUAGCAAUGCUAAGCACACAUGUGCAGUCAGGUUAAUUUUGCCCUGACAGAGUGUCACAAUUGCAAUAAGUGUUUACGUGGAUGUGGUUCUGAACAACAAUCGGCAUAAAACACUUCUACCAAUCCAAAUACAAUUUCUUUCCGAUUAAGAGGGUGCAGGUUGGCCUUGAAGUUAAAGCGUGUGCCUUGUACAGAGGCUACAGUCCUCACUUCUAGUUUAGUUCCUGGUCCCAGCCCAUACUGCGCAUCUUCCCCUACUCUCUAUUCCAAACAGGUCCUGUCUCUCUUCAGCUGUCCAAUCCAUGAAGCUUAAAAAUGCCUCACAGAAUUUAACUUAAUAAUGAUUUUUUAAGUCACUGUAGGCUAAACAAAUCUACUCUGUGAACCUAUAUGAUUUUUAUUAAAAAUGCUAGACACCGAUAUACAGUAUUAUUGUCGCUUUCGUCAACAUUAAGUAUAACGCUAUAACAUGAAGAGUUAUACCCUAGCCUGAAGCAAUUUUGACAUCUUUAGACAAAUUAGUUUCAGUCCACCCUGAAGUUGUUUUCGUUCACCAAUGUGAAAUCCUCAAGAAACAUAGAUUUUCAAGGUAAGACUUAGUUGAGUACCACAAAAUGUGGAUUUUUAGAUACUCUGUGCAGUCUCUAUGCAGCUGUGCAGCUCUUUUGACAUCCUGCUAGCUCCCCAUUUGAUAGGUUAGCAUAGCCUGAUAACUGAUAGGUCUACCACCUAAAACAGUCACCUGCUUCUUAGAGCACUGUCCUUUGGGUAAAACAACAUUACAUAAGAAGAUAAAUCUGUCUGCCUUUUAUGCUGGUUUAUAAAUGUGUAGCUAUUUUUACAGUGACUGUCUUGGUUUUGACCCCAGCUCUGUUAACUAUGAAACAUGGAGUCAUUUUAAAAACUAUUGAGAGCUAAUACUCUCCGAUAUUGUUACUCCUGUUUGCAGAGUGUAGGAAUUAGAUCAAUAAAAUGCAAGUUUACUUUAGAUCUUUUCUGCUAAUAACUGGAAUUAUGAACAGAGGGGAGGUGAAGUCCUGGUCAUAUUUCAAUAUGAUGUGGUGUUGGUCAAGAAAACUUUGAUAGGAUCAGAAAUUGAUCCGAUGGACGAGAGCUGUCUUAGACAAAAGAGAAGACCUCUAAGUAAAAAAUACCAUCUCUGAAAGUAAAUGCCAUUUAAAGAGGAUAGAGAAAACGUAAGCUUAAAAAUUCACUUAAAAUGUCUUGUAAACAGUUGUCAAGAAUUAAUUAUUUUUCUAAAUUAUUGAUAAUGUAUCACGUCUUUCCGUUGCAGCAGCUCCCCACAGCAGCAGUGAGUGCGCAGCCACAUCUCGCUGCAGAGAAAACCUGAGAAUCUGGCAGAGCCUGAACACAACAUUUAAUCAACAACAUUACCAUCUGGUGGCGAGUUCUGUGAGUGGCAGCCUGGUGUUUCCCUGCAUUCUCAGCGCCCUCCGGUGGAUCAGACAGAGAAAGCAUCCACAGUCUGUCACUCCACAGUCUUCUGAGUCCCCCCACAGGCUAAGAGAGGGGGGUCAGGUCUCUGUGCUCGUGACUGGCAGUCUGUACUUAGUCGGAGGAGUGCUUAGACAUCUGGAACCUUCUGUGGAUUCAUAAAGGAUCAGAGACUUCCUUGUUUUGAACUUUGAUUUAAUACUUUUAAAGUUUUUUUUCUCUCUCCUUUCUGUUCAUCUCACAUUUCUCUAAAACACCCUUGUUUUUGUUUUUUUACAUUUAUGAAAUAGACUGAAAUUCAUACAGAUGCUGUGAUUUUUUAUACAAUAAUUUUAAAUGCUUGCCUGUUUUUACAUUGACAAUAAAUCAUACAUUUGACUGUCCAAA